AUGAGUCACAUCUUUGGCACGGUGGUCACUUCUGUCGAUAUUAUCAUCAAGUUCUUUUCCGCCAGCGCCGCCUACUCCGACGAUGCAGAAUCUCUCCUGCACCGCUUCAACUGGGACCUACGGGUCGUGAAGAAGAUUAUCCAGUACUUCGAAGAGAGACGGCGCCAGAAUUCAAAGCACGAGCUCUCCGAUGAUGAUGAAAAGCUCCUGGAAAACACUGCAAGGUACUUGACCAGGCUAGCCAACAAGGUCGCCAGCAGUAUGGGCAAGAUCCAAAGCUCAGGCUUCCUCCAGCGGGGACGAAACCAGAUUUUAUGGUUCGCUCGACGAAGCGAACUCCAAGAACUCGAAGCAGAACUGCGCGAGUGGUCGAACCGGUUCGAUAUCAAGCUCCUUGCUCUACCGAACGAUGUCAGGUUCGUGCUGCCAGCCUCUGAAGGUAGCGAUGCACCUACCCCGCCUGUGGUGCGGGCGAACAUCCAGCUCCAGGAAUUCCUGGCCCUGUCUCCAGAGACUCGAGAAGAAAAAGCCCAGAAAGUGCUGGAAAACGACCCUUCCUGGGGACUAAGCAUUGAAAUGGCACUUGAUAAUCCAAACAAGCCAUUAGAAGCUGGCGACGAACAAUACAUCCUUAUGAUCUGGCCAGGCACAGACGAGUUUGCCGCGCUCGCGGCCAGGCUGGGCCAGCUUGCCGUGGCGCUCAGCUAUCUGACCCGAGCCGUGAAAAUCGGGCUUCUCCCGGUGGCAGAGAAGGAGCAAGUGGUCCUCAAAGUCCUGGCCUUGGGGGAGUGGGGGGCCAACGACAUUCGCAUGCAGGAUGAAAUCAUUCAAACCGUCCAGGAUACCUCCCACCUCGUCAUCUAUCGAGACUCCUUUUCCAUUCCUGGACACCACGGCCACCAUCGGGUCCUCGUGUUUCCCUUGAUGGGGCCAUGCAUCACUUCUCUUCUCCUGCAUACUAUGCCCGUGGUUCCUCGCAUGUCUGCUGCUCGGCAAUUGCUCGAGGCCCUGGAGAAUCUACACAACGCUGGAACCGUGCACCGUGACGUGAAUCCGGCGAACUGCAUGUGGGGGAUGGUCCCUCUCCACAAUCUCAGCAGGAGUGCCAAAUACGAGGCACUCGGUCGGCCAGUAAAGCAAAUCAUACCCGAGGUGAAACUCUGGAAGCAAGGGGAGCGUGUCCAGUCCCUGCGGGUCCCUGAGGACUUACGCACUGAUGACUUCUAUCUCGGCGACUUUAGUCUGGCGAAGAAGCUUGACGACCCGGUGACUCAACGUGGGUUUCCCCCGUUGCGAUAUUGCUCCCCAGAACGCCUCCAUGGGAGUGCCCCAAGCUUUGCCUGCGACAUGUGGAGUUAUCUGGUCAUCUUCUCCGAACUGUACCUUCGCUAUGAGCCAUUUGUGGUCCGGAAUAAGGGUGGAGUAAUGACUGCGAUGACCAUGUCCUUGGGACCACUCCCUGCGCAGUGGAGAGGCCUCUACAAUCACCCCGAGGGCCGUGAUGUCUGGUAUGAUCAAUCUCCGGCACCCAUUCCGAAGGAGAGCCUUGCAUCAAUAAUUGCAAAACGUCGUCCGGAUGCCGAUCCAAUUGAGCAACAACAUGUCCUAUCCAUCAUGAAUAAAGUAUUUACCUACGAUCCCGAGAAACGUCCAACUGCCACGCAGCUUUCGCACGACCCUUCAUUCAAAGCUAUCAUGGACAUUUAUGGUUGUUGAUGUUUGCUUGUCAGUGGUAUGGAUCUCAUUUUCUCCAGGAGUACGGAGUAUUCACAACCUAUCGCCCUGGCUGAGGGAUGGGUUUCUGGGUGGACCCGAGGUCUGGAACAGCCUGAAUAGAGGAGCCAAGAUCAUGAUCUGCAGGAUACCAGAUGAUUAGUGCAUUCAACCUUUUAGCCUAAACUGGUUUUAUACUCUGUUGGACCCUACCUAGGCAACAACGUAUUGG